UUCAAAGUAAUUAGGCAAAAUAUUGAAAUGUUUAAUUGUUUACAAAAAUGUCCAGAAUCCAACGAAAAUGAAAUUCUACAAAUGGGUGUUAAACCUUGGGAAGGAAUUUGUAACAAUUUAAGGGUGUUGGAAACACAAAUAGGUUGUUGGAAAAGAAACAUUGAAGUAAUUACACAGGAGUGUGAGUUCGAAAGCCAACAACUCCACCAUAGCACUGAACGUUUAACACACAAUGUUAGCGUUAUACUUGUUUCUCUCAUUUGCGAACAUUUAAGGCAUCUAUCUAUUUGUUUGGUUAAUAAAUACGGCAAAUAUUGUGGGGCUGUUUCUCAAAGGAUAAUAGAAAAUUUAUUUGAUAGCAGCCGUGAAACUAUGGCAAAAAUGUUAAAAAUAAAAUGGGAAUCUAAUUUACCUAAAGAAUGUAUUCCUAAUGGUUCUGGAAAGAAAUUUUCUAAUUUUGCUUUUUCUAAAAAUUAUUUUAUUUAUUUUUAUUCUUUAUUAUUUUUAAUUUAUUUUUAA